AUGACAACUAAAUUGAAGAUUGGAUUAAUCGGAGAUGUGGGCGUUGGAAAAACUGCUCUAAUUCAAAGGUUUUGUUUUGGAACAUAUACAGAAGAUUAUGAUGCAACAAUUGGGAUUGAGACAUGUGACAAAUCAGUAAACCUUGAUGGUAAGAUGUACCAAUUACAAUUAUGGGAUACUGCAGGACAAGAAAAAUAUCAUUCAUUAGUUAGAUUGUAUUUCAAAGACAUUAAAGGAGUGCUAUUAGUUUUUCAAAUUGAUAGACAAGAGAGUUUUGACCAUUGCAAAGACUGGUUAGAUCUGUUUUACAGUAGUAUUAGUUCAGGAUUUACUCCACCUGUAUUACUUGUUGGAAAUAAAUGUGAUUUAGUUGGAAGUUCAACUCGUGUCAGUAAAGAGUCUAUUGAUCGUUUUGUCAGUGAAAAUGGAUUAGAGUAUAUAGAGACAAGUAGUAAAGAAAAUACAAAUGUUCAAGAAGCAUUUUCACAAUUACUUCGCUCUAUCAUCAAUUUAAAACCUAUUUUUGUUGAUCCAGGAGAAGAAGAAGUAAAAAUAACUCAACAAACAGAAGACACAGAUGGUGGUUGUGUUUGUUAA